GUGCAUUAUUUGUUGCUAGUAGCUGGUCCCCCAAAUUCCUAAGUUCACUAACCUACAUCCUAGGGAGGAAUGGGGGGGCUUUCUCUUUUCCCACCUCCACCUCAUCCACCGUAUUGAACUGAAAUCGGAAAGAGCUGAAGUCCUGUCUAAGAAAUUCCAGGCUCUUCCUCCUAUAUCCGUAAAAGGUUAAAAGGUAAAGAAGAGAGAAGGGAAGGCAGAUGGGAAAAGAGACCAAGUCUCGGGGCUGCUUGAUCCCACUACUGGUCUGGACCACAAUCUAGCUGGGCUUUGGAAGCCCAGAGGACACCCCUCUGCCCUGCAAUAGUUCAUCCUGGGACCCUCAAGGACGUGGAAAGCCUGGGAGCCUUUUGGAUUAGGUGUCCUCAGGUGACACGGAAGCCCUAUGAGCUCCUCCUCAUCACCCCCUCCACCCGCUGGCCUCCAGACCUGACCCCAGGUCCGCCUGCCGUCUCGGGAGGCCCCCCCCCGCCCCCGGCAAGAUGCCCAUCCUCAAGCAGCUGGUGUCCAGCUCCGUGCACUCCAAGCGCCGCUCCCGGGUGGACCUCACGGCCGAGAUGAUCAGCGCCCCGCUGGGCGACUUCCGCCACACCAUGCACGUGGGCCGGGCUGGGGACGCCUUUGGGGACACCUCCUUCCUCAACAGCAAGGCUGGGGAGCUGGACGGCGAGUCCGUGGACGAGCGGGCCUCCUCCUCCUCCUCCUCCAAACGCAGCCUCCUGUCCCGGAAGUUCCGGGGCAGCAAGCGGUCGCAGUCGGUGACCCGGGGGGACCGGGAGCAGAGGGACACGCUGGGCUCCCUGCGGGACUCGGCCCUCUUCGUCAAGAACGCCAUGUCCCUGCCCCAGCUGAACGAGAAGGAGGCCGCGGAGAAGGGCCCAAGCAAGCUGCCCAAGAGCCUGUCGUCCAGCCCUGUGAAGAAGGCCACCGGGGAGGGCGGCCCGGAGGAUGCGGUGCCUCGGAGGAACGGGGCCACUGCCCCCCUCUCCCCAGACCCCCUCCUCGAUGAGCAGGCCUUCGGGGACCUGACGGAUCUGCCCGCGGUGCCCAAGGCCAGCUUCGGGCUGAAGCACGCCGAGUCCAUCAUGUCCUUCCACAUCGACCUGGGGCCCUCCAUGCUGGGCGACGUCCUGAGCAUCAUGGACAAGGAGGAGUGGGCACCAGAGGAGGAGGAUGGCGGUUACCAUGGUGAUGAGGACCGAGCAGGCAGCCCCACCCAGGCUCCCCUGAUGGUGGCGGCGGCCCCUCCCCUGGCGAGGCAGGAAGGUGAGGGGGGCCCGGACCUGCCCCCGCUGCCCUCCCGCGCCCUGCAGGAUGAGGGGUGGGCGGCGGCAGCCCCCAGCCCCGGCUCGGCCCGCAGUGUGGGCAGCCACACCACGCGGGACAGCAGCUCCCUGUCCAGCUGCACCUCGGGGGUCCUGGAGGAGCGCAGUCCCGCCUUCCGGGGGCCAGACCGGGCCCGGGCCACUCUGCCGAGGCAGCCGGACCCCGAGUUCUCCUUCAUGGACGAGGAGGAGGAGGACGAGAUCCGAGUGUGAGGCGGGCUGGAGGUGGGGGCUCUUGGCUUCGUCUCCUCCCUGCCCCCAGCUGCACGAGGUCAGCCAAGAGCCUGGCGGCAGGCCACAGACAGACCCUGGACCUCAUGUAUGAAGGCGUUGGCCGAGCCUGGGGGCCCACGGAGGACUUGGGGCUGACUCGGGUGCCUGACUUUUUUUGCACACCCUGCCCUGCUCGAGCUCGUAGGACGGGGCUGGGUUCUCGCAGCAGGAAUCCGCGUUCCUCUCCUGGCCUCCAGAGGAUGCCCGCCGUCAACCCGAGUCCCUGCCACGUGCAGCAGUAGCAGGGCAGCCAGGGGUGGCCCAGGGGCGCCAGAGCUAAGGACACUUGACCUGCCUCUUUUCUCCUGGCGUCCCUGUUGUGAAUAAAUGCGUGUGACAGGUCACACGUCCCGGCCGCUCGAUUCCUCCGUUCCUGGCUCCUGCACCGGGAGCCCCUCGGAGGAAAGGCGGACCGAGUGUGUACACUAAACGCGACCCCUUCCGGGGACGAGAACAGGAUGCAGAACGGAAGGAAGGCCCCGGGGCAUCUUGAAUUUUCAAGAGGGGGCCCUUCCAGGAUGACACUAGGACAGGCUGCAGCCCUCGCCCAGUCCCUCUGGGUUGGUUGUUCUUGUUGUGUUUAAAUCUUUCUAGAGCAAUACCAGGAAUGGUGUUUGUAGACCCACUACCAGAAGGAAAACAAAUCUUUUUAGAAAACCUUUAUACUAAGUGCUUCCGAGCUUUAUUUAGAACUCUAAGGGGUGGGGGGUCUGUGCGUGUCUGUCCUCCGCCCUCUCUCCCCCUUAGCUGUUAACAACCGCAGGCAGCCAGUGUAGAACAUUUCUGGAAAAUGCUUAUUUUUUAAAAAAUGUCAUUCCUAUGGGGGAUAAAAGCGCUCUUUUGACGGGUUCCCUCCCCCUCCCCCACCCCCACCUCUGGACUGACUACGUCCCCUCCCUUUCUCAGGCCUCUGCCAGCAGAACCCCCUUCCCCACUUCUGAGUCAACGGUCCUGAGGGUAGAGCUGCCAGAUGUAGCAACAAAACAAAACAAAGACCAGAAUGCCGAGCGAAAUUAGAAUUUCAGGCAUACAAAGGAUGAGUUUCCAGUGUAAGUGUGCCCUGUGCCAUACUUGGAACACACUCCUGCUAAAGAAUUUGUCGUCCUUCUGAAAUUCAGAUUCCUUAGAGCCCCGCCCAAGGGGGCUGAGUGGAGUUUGGGUGUGAGCCCCCAGGGUUUGGGGAUGCUGAUUUUCUGUCUGGGCAGCAGGCUGACUCGCCUCCCCCCUGCCCUUGUAGCCAAUGGAAGGAGGGGACGGACAGUACCUCCCUGGGCUCCAGCCGGCGGCGGGGGCGGGGCGGGGGCGGGGCCGCCCUAGACUCCCAGGUCGGAUUCAGACACUAGCUUCACUCUUGAAUCAGGUGCCCGUCGUGCAGCCCCGCCAGCUGCCCUUGGAACCCAUCUAGACAGUAGUCAGUCCCAGGUUCUAAACUGUAUAUUUUUUUUCCGUUAAAAUGUUAAAAGAACAAGGAAACAUUCAAAUAAAAAGCCCUACAGCAUG